CUGCCCCGGAGGCCCAGUUUGUACAAUGAGGUGGAAUGGGGGCAGCAUGUGAAUCAGAACGAUGCCCGCAUUGCCUACCGCUUCUGGUUGCGCGCAGAUGCGGCGAUUCAGGGAGACCACAAUACUGCAGGGGAAACGCCGUUUUUGCACCCAGGCGAUGACGAGGAGAGGGCGGCGGACCCUAUGCAUGCCCUAGCACGUACCAUUUACAAUGACCUGAUGCGACAGCAUCUCGCGCCGAUUAGCCCCAAUGAUCAGGGGACAGCGUGGACGAAUCACUCGUGGAGUUUCCAUGACAUCUUCCCAAAGGAUGAAAAGUCCAGGGACGAUGGCGACAACAUCCAGUGGAUAUUCUUUGAACCCAAGUCAGCCCAGUCCAUGAAGUCCGAUCAACUCAAAGAGGCUCUUGCUGAAAGAGGCCUCGAUCACAAGGGUACAGUAGCUGUACUGCGCCAGCGUCUUGAAACAUACCAGAAAGAAGGGCCGAAGUGCUAUCGGGCCCUACGGCGCAGCGACCUCUCCCGCUGGGGAGUGGAAAGAACAAAUGUCAGUCGCCUGUUCGCGAUCAACAUCUCAGAGGAUGAAACAGCACGGACAAUUGACCUGUACACUUGCGCCAUCCUCCGAAGCCCAUACAACCCUAUGUACUGGAUGGGUCGAGCUUAUUGCCACUACCGACAUGCUAUGUUUGACCUUGCCAUUGGGGAUGCUUAUCGAGCCCAGAUCCUACUUGAGGUGUUAGUCAAUCCCAUGAGACGAAACGUCCAACCCGGCCUAUACACUCUGGUCUGGCAUGCCAUCGAGCAGCACAUCGAGUCCGGCGGAGUGCAAGACGAGAUUUGCUGGCUGCGCCGUAGCAAUGGAAUCAACUAUUUUAUUCCAACCAUGCGAAAGGCACUUCAGAACAUUAUCUGUCUCAGUCUCAUGGCUUGUCAAGGGUGGGAUGAUCACUCGCACUUCGAGCAGGACCUUCUGGACAGGGUUAUCAUGAAUGACCGCGACACGCUACCGUUCAAACGGCGCCCUAAGGUUUACGAUAAGAUCAAGAAAUCUCCGACAUGCAACUGGAAGCUGGACGACGACUGGGGCCGCAACUACCUGUACCACGAGCGACGUAGUGGGUGGAGUUAUGGAGACAGACCUUAUCCCUAUGAAGCAGAUGAUAUAGUAAGAUUGCCCAAGACUGGUGAAGGGGAAGGCUUCGCGAAAAAGGCCAACGAGUUCUUCGUCACCAAGAAUGCCAGUCUCCCCUGGAAGAAGUGCAAGAUCGCGAUGGAAAGAGAGCAAAGGUAUAUGAUGUUGGCGACCGAAGACAUCGCCAAAGAUGAACUCAUCUGGGUCGAAAUGCCUUCAGCCCGGGGUCACCUGGCCACCAAAAGACCGCCACUUCCCGAAGACCACAUCCCUGAAAGAAAACUCGACUGUGAUAACUGCCGAAGAGUGAUCACUCGCCAAGAGCGGCGUAGACAGAGAGAUGAGCUCAGCCGGGAGAGAAGGGCCAAUGCGAGGAACAAAACCACCAGAGAAGCAUGCGUCUGUAUCGACAGUGACCCACUUAUUAUAUUCUGCCCUGCUCGAGGCGAAGACGGCGACGAAACCUGCGCCGAGAACGCCCGGAGACGAUACCACUUCAGUGCAUGUGGGAAGGAUUGGGAAUGGCUCCACGAUGCCAUGCGACCUGUCAUCUACAGCUUCAAAGAUAAAACAAAGUGGCUCUCGCAUUCCAACGAGAUGCAUGGCACCGUGUUAAGCCUCCUGCUCCGGGAAGUCUUCGAUAUAACCCUUCUCAGACGGAAGACCAACCCGACUCUUCACGCCCACGAGAUCGACGAGCUCCUCGCCCUCGAAGGCCGCGCGGACUGGGGCAACCAGAGCUUCCCCGUUACAUUCGCCGCCAACAUCCAGGUCCCCAUUGACAUCCUGAUGACCCUAGGCGUCGACAUAUUCCGGGACCUCAGUUUCGAUACCUGGGUGAUCCAGCUGGUGCUACAAAAACUCCUGGUGAACGCCGUACCUUGGGAUCAGGGCCUGCGCGUCAAGAUUAACCGAGCCGACAAAAUAAAGAAGUCCUGGGCUUUCCCUCAACCUAGUCAACAAAAGGAUUGGCCCGAUGAGAAGUACGAGACAUAUGACCCCACCUGUCGAUUUUUGUACCUGUUUCCGGGAUUUGGCUUCUUCGAUCAUGGGUGUAAGGACAAUGGCAAUGCGCAAUGGGGAUACGACACGGAGAUCCCCAAUCGAUUGCUCGUAUGGGCAACGAAGCCGAUCAAGACCGGGGAGGAGAUCCGCAUUUCGUAUAUCUCCAAUCAAGAUAAAGACGAGAGAGACGGUGUUCUACAGCGUGUGCUGGGUAAGCCAUGUAGCUGUCCUGGGCCAACACAUGGCGUACAUCAUGGUCCUGAGUCACCC